GUGACUUUUGAUGAUGUGCAUGUGAAAUUCACUGAGGAAGAAUGGAAUUUGCUGGAUCCUUCCCAGAAGAAUCUCUACAAAGAUGUGAUGUUAGAAACCUGCCUGAACCUCAAAGCUAUAGGCUAUAAUUGGGAAGACAAUCAUCUUGAAGAACAUUUUCCAAGUAGUAGAAGACAAGAAAGGCAUGUAAGAAGUCAGAGUGGAGAGAAAACCUAUGAGUGUAAUCAAUGUGGUAAAGCCUUUGCAAGACCCAGUAAACUCCAAUAUCCUAAAAGGAUACAUACUGGAGAGAAACCUUACGAAUGUAAUCAAUGUAGUAAAGCCUUUGUAACACCCAGUCAUCUCCAAUAUCAUAAAAGAACACAUACAGGAGAGAAACCAUAUGAAUGUAAUCAAUGCGGAAAAGCCUUUGCAGGUCACAGUGUUCUCAAAAGACAUAAACUGAUACAUACUGGAAAGAAAUCUUAUGAAUGUAAUCAAUGUGGUAAAGCCUUUACAAGACCCAGUCAUCUCCAAUAUCAUAAAAGAACACAUACUGGAGAGAAACCUUAUGAAUGUAAUCAAUGUGGUAAAGCCUUUACAAGACCCAGUCAUCUCCAAUAUCAUAAAAGAACACAUACUGGAGAGAAACCUUAUAAAUGUAAUCAAUGUGGUAAAGCCUUUGCAAGACCCAGUCAUCUCCAGUAUCAUAAAAUAACACAUACCGGAGAGAAACCUUAUGAAUGUAAUCAAUGUGGUAAAGCCUUUUCACAACACAGUAAUCUUCAAAGACAUAAACUGACACAUAAUGGAGAGAAACUUUAUGAAUGUAAUCAAUGUGGAAAAGCCUUUGCAAGACCCAGACAUCUCCAGUAUCAUAAAAGAACACAUACUGGAGAGAAACCCUAUGAGUGUAAUCAAUGUGGUAAAGCCUUUGCACAUCACAGUACUUUCCAGUAUCAUAAAAGAACACAUACUGGAGAGAAACCAUAUGCAUGUAAUCAAUGUGGAAAAGCUUUUUCAGGUAACAGUGUUCUCAAAAGACAUAAACUGACACAUACUGGAGAGAAACCUUAUGAAUGUAACCAAUGUGGUAAAGGCUUUGCACAGCGCAGUCAUCUCCAAAUUCAUAAAAGAACACAUACUGGAGAGAAACCUUACGAAUGUAGUCAAUGUGGUAAAACCUUUGCACAGCUUAGUACUUUGCAAUAUCAUAAAAGAACACAUACUGGAGAGAAACCUUAUGAAUGUAAUCAAUGUGGUAAAGGCUUUGCAAGAGCCAGUAAUCUCCAAAUUCAUAAAAGAACACAUUCUGGUGGGAAACCUUAUGAAUGUAACCAAUGUGGCAAAGCCUUUUCACGUCACAGUAAUCGCCAAAGACAUAAGAGAACACAUACUCAAGAGAAACCUUACUAA